UGUCGUCAUAGCACCGGAAAUUGUAGCUCCACCUCACUCAGUUAUGGUGGUCAUCGGUUGAAAGACUCGUCGAAAAUUUCAAGUAAAUCUCCUUCCUGCUUUACUUUAUACGCGUUUUUCUUCAACUCUCACCAAAUAGUUGACUGCUUAAAAUGGGAAGGAGCAGGAGUCGAUCUCCUCCAAGGCGUGAGAGGAGGCGUUCCCGGUCAACUUCAAGAGAACGUGACAGAAGGAGAAGGGAGAGGGAUCGUUCACGAGAUCGGGACAGAGAAAGGAGAAGAAGUCGUUCCCGAUCUCCACACAGGAGACGUUCAAGGUCUCCUCGGCGCCAUCGCUCCUCAUCUCUCUCUCCUGUGAGGCAAAAAGACAGACGUGAAGAUGAACGUAAAGAGAAGUCAUCGAAACCUAUUCAAAUAUCAGCUGAGGACAUGCAAGGCAAAACUGAAGAAGAAAUUGAGAUGAUGAAACUAAUGGGCUUUUCAACAUUUGACUCAACUAAGGGUAAGAAGAGUGAAGGAGCUACCAAUGCGUAUGCUGUCAAUACCACCAUGAAGAGAAAAUACAGGCAAUACAUGAACAGAAAGGGUGGAUUCAACAGACCAUUGGACUUCAUCGCGUGAAACGCUAUUGCUGCUACACUCCCAAAACAUACAUUUGUUGUAAUUGUUUUAGGGCUAUCUCGUUUUAUUUUGUGAUCUUUGGUCUUGUAGGUUGUUGGACUUUUCCAUACAUAUUUUCGAUUAUUGGUAGACAGUAUCAUUUGUCUCUGUUUCGUUUCUACCACAUUUUAGUUUUGAAGCAUGGUCCAUUGCAAACAUGAGGUCAAUGAAACCUGAUGCUGUGUAAUUGUACUGAAAUAAAAGAUCUUUUCAAGUCA